UGCAAGCGGGGGCCUCUGCCGCCUAUAUAAGUCUCCGCGCGGCGCCUGCUCGGCACCUCCCUUCCCGAGCCCGGCUGUGCCUUUUCCAUCUACAGUGGCGCCAGCACUGCGGAGCCCGAGCCUCGGGUCUCCAUCGGCAGACCCGGACUAGCUUCACCCCAGUUUUUUUUCCUUCUCCGCCCCCCUUUUCUUUUCUUUACUCCCCCCUCUUCAUUUGCAUCUUCAAAACCUCCAAAAUGGUGCAGAAAAAAACAGAACUCAAAGGUUUCCACCGCUCCUUUAAGGGCCAGAACCCGUUUGACAUCGAAUUCUCCCAGUCCACUCACCUGGACUCUGUCUUCAACUUCGAAUGCCCCUCUCGGCCCGACAUGCCUUCAAGUCAGCCCAUCGACAUCCCCAACGCGAAGAAACGGAACAAAAAGAAAAAACGCUGUCGGGCCACGGAUAGCUUUUCCGGAAGGUUUGAAGACGUUUACCAGCUCCAGGAAGAGGUUCUUGGGGAAGGGGCUCAUGCAAAAGUCCAGGCCUGUGUUAACCUCAUUACCAACAAAGAGUAUGCAGUGAAGAUUAUCGAAAAGCGUCUCGGACACAUCCGGAGCAGGGUCUUCCGGGAAGUUGAGAUGCUGUAUCAGUGCCAAGGACAUAGGAACAUCUUGGAGCUGAUUGAGUUCUUUGAGGAGGAAGACCGGUUCUAUCUUGUGUUCGAGAAGAUGCGAGGAGGUUCCAUCCUGACUCACAUCCAUCGCCGCCGCCAUUUCAACGAGCUGGAGGCCAGUAUGGUUGUGAACGACAUCGCCAGCGCCCUCAAUUUCUUGCACAACAAAGGAAUAGCACAUAGAGAUUUAAAACCAGAAAAUAUCCUUUGUGAAAGCUCCAAUCAGGUUUCGCCCGUGAAAAUCUGCGAUUUCGAUCUGGGAAGCGGGAUCAAGCUGAACGGCGAUUGCUCACCCAUCUCCACUCCAGAGUUGCUCACCCCGUGCGGCUCGGCUGAAUACAUGGCCCCGGAGGUUGUGGAAGCCUUCAACGAGGAAGCCUCGAUCUACGACAAGCGCUGCGACUUGUGGAGUUUGGGGGUCAUUCUCUACAUUAUGCUGAGCGGCUACCCGCCUUUCGUGGGCCACUGCGGGACCGACUGCGGCUGGGACCGCGGCGAAUCGUGUCCCGCUUGCCAGAACAUGUUAUUUGAAAGCAUCCAGGAGGGGAAGUAUGAAUUCCCCGACAAGGAUUGGGCUCACAUCUCUUUCGGAGCCAAAGACCUCAUUUCCAAGCUGCUGGUCAGGGAUGCCAAGAAGCGCCUCAGCGCAGCCGAAGUUCUCAAGCACUCGUGGGUGCAAGGGUGUGCUCCGGAUAACACUCUCCCAACCCCAAUCAUUCUUCAAAGGAACAGCUGUGCCAAAGAGCUGACGUCCUUUGCGGCCGAAGCCAUCGCCGUCAACCGCCAGCUGAUGCAGGACGAGGAGGAGGACGAGGCUGCCGUGGAGUCGCACUCCCCCAUCAUCAUCAAAGCUACCUCACGCUCCAUGCAGCUCUCCCCGCCUUCGGAGUCCAAGCUGGCCAAGCGGCGGCAGAAAACCAGCAUGGCAAAAUUGGACGCCAGCCAGCAUAUGGUCACCCCCUUGGUCCUGGUGGGAGAUCACAUGUGAACGCUCCUCCCCCCGGCUGCGUGUACAUCCCCCCCUUCCCCAAUUUCGGACAAUAUAUCUAUAUAUGUAUACUGUUUUUGAUAGCUAGGGGGGGAAAGGAAAACAAGAUCAGACCCCCCUCUCUUUCAAGUUGGCUGGAUUCCAAGGAUCUAUUAUCUUCUUCUUUUUUCUUUUCGUUUUAUAUUGUUUCCUGGUCUUGUUUGAACACUGGUUCCUCUCGACUCCCCCCCCCCCCAAACAAUUCUCCCCCUUUUUCCCCCUUUAUAAAUCUCUCUUAAAGGAAAAAAGGAAAAACCAACUUCCAUAUUAACUCGCCUAUAGUUUUUUUUUUAUUAACCCCCCCCCCACAAAUGUUGCAUUUUGACACACAUGUAAUAUAUUUUCGCUUUUUUUAAUACAAAAAAAUAAAUGGAUUUCCCCGCCCCCAACUCCCUCCUGCUUCUUUGGAAAUAACAGGUUGACACCGCCCCACCGCCCCCGGAAAAGCUUAAAAAAACCCCACCAGGCUACUGUUAACUCUGUUUUCUGUUGCCUCUUUUUAUACUGUGAAAAUAUUGGGGGGUUGGUGGGGAGGCGCACCCCUAAAAGUCCUCAACUUUUUAAAGGUAGCAUUUUAAGUAUUUGGGUGUAUUAUUCCUUUUUUCUCUCCCCGUUUCCUUUUUUUUUUUAUGUGGCUUUGCUGUUUCUCUUCCUCCCUCCCUAUUUCUAAAAAAUGUUUUGUUUCGGAAUUCUAGAACUGAAAACAGCAGCUGCGCUUUGAGGGGGGGGUGUUGUGUAGAUUUAGGUUUUGCCCCAGAAGGCAUUGUGGGCGCUUGGGGGGGGGGUCGGGUGAUCGUGGGCAGAGUCCCCCCCCCAAUACACCCCCCUGCCGAUUCUGUAAGAUUUGGGGUGGGAGUGUUUUGGGCUCUCCUGUGAUUGUCCCGAGAGAGCUGGCCCAGAGUAUCAAUGGGGCCGUUCUUGUCCACCCCCCACCCCUGCCCCCCCAAAUAACACAUCCCAUUUUGUUUCAAGCCCAGGUUCCCCCUAUUUCUGUGGGGAGGAAUGAGAUUGGCUUGACCAAGAUGGUUUUGUCGCUGCCACCCCCAUCCCAAAAUGGGUUUGUUUUGUUUAACGGAAAAGUCACUGCAAAAAAAACAAAACAGCCCCGAAAUUUGCACAACCGCGUGCUCCCACCCCCGGCGUCGCUGGACUCCAGCUCCUGUCCGUGCUAAGUCAGCUCAGCUGACGGUCAGGAGGAAGAUGGGCAUUGUGUAUCUGGGGCAACAACUUCUAGAGCCACUUUUCCCAAACUCCAGCUGUUCUUGGACAACGACUCCCAUGAUCCCUGUCUAGCAGGACCAUUGGUCAGGGAUGAUGGGAACUGUAGUCCCCAAAACAGCCAGAGACCCAAGUUUGGGGCACAUUGUUCUAGAGGGUCUCUUUCGGGGGGGGUUCUGGGUGGGGGCUGUCUCUUGCUGCAGCUGUUUCCCGUCCGUUUUGCGGCUGUCCCUCUCCCAGUGAAAAGUUCGGUCUGGUUCAGAGGGGGGUCUUUGCUUGGGGUGGGUGGUCUUGCCUGUCGUUCCUCCAUCCGAGGGGGUCUGUGGGGAGACCCUCUUUCCAGCGUUGCUUGCAAGGUGAUGGCAUAGCUGUGCCCAAACUCCAGGCCCUAUAAAUGGGGCUGGGGGGGGGUUUCCACCCCCUUCCCUCCUUGCUGGGUGGGUGACGGGCGAUGGGACUCUCUGCAUCACCCUCUUUGCAUUGUGCAAAGCAACGUUCCUCUGUCCUGCCAUGGGACGAGGCAAAGCUCCAUCUCAAGGACUCUCUUCAAUAGUUUUCAAACUAUUUCUAGACCCCUUUGGAGGUUGUAGCCACAGACAAGUGGUUUCAAAGUAAAUUUAAAGAAUUGCCCAGUAGGCCCAGGAAUGACAAACCAGCACUGGCGGAUUCUCCCUGGUUUUUGUUGUUGUUUUAAGUUUGCUUUAUUUCAAUGUGGCAGCUCCCCCCCCCCCCCCGCCGGCUGUUAAACUUGCUUAAAACUCCUGUCCGGAUGUGCAUAUCUGGAAUUUUGAUAGGAUUGUGUUACCAGAGUGAUAAUUUCUUCUCUUAUUCUCCCCCCCCCACUGACUUAAGAAAUACUAUGCAAUAGUUGUCUAAGGUAGAGAUAGAUGAUAGCAAAAAAAUCUCUUUUUUUAUUUUUAAUUCUUCAGGUAACCCUAGCUUCCAGCUGUGGGUGAGAAGGCGUAAUUGGGUUGUGAAAUAGUUUGGCUUGACUGGUCUUCUACUCCCCUCCCACUUUGGCUCCCCGCCCCCAAAGAAAACCACAAAGAGUGAAUAUGGUAUCUGGGGUUGUGUCCAAAGUCAUUCAUACUUAACAGUUAGACCGAUUGGCAUUGAUUGACCUAUGUAAGUGCUGUCCAUCAAUUUCAGUGGUUCUGCUCAGAGUAUGAUUCCACUCCCACCCCCUCUGGCUGUGAAAAUUAUUGUUGCUUUUCUUUUCACGAACAUUCAGCAUCUAGCAAAUGUCCUUUCAAGGGGGAUGGGGGGGUCAGAUUGGGAUGUGAGGUUCACUGUGUAAAGUUAGUGAGAGGUUUUCUUUCUUUUUUAAGGGGUGGGGAACCCCUUUAUCUUUCUUUUUAAACUUUGUUUUACAUCACAUUUUGUUAUUUGGUUGUAGAGCUUCAUCUUAGGGUAAGAAAUACUUGAACAUCGGACGGCUGUUGCACCAAUGCCUUCUUUUGGUCAGGAAAGCUGUCUCAAGGCUGCAGGUGAUGGCUGGGAAAUUGUUUUGGGAUAGUGUGUUUCACCUUUCCAGGGCAAGAAGCGAAGGCAACUCUUUGUCUCUGGGACUGAGAGUCGCGGUUUCUACGCUGCUUUUGCUUGCCAGAGCAUUCGCAAAAGAUCUUGCAAGGUUAGCUUCAGUUCCUUGGGUGGAAAGAGGGGAGAUUCUCUCCCCCUUUCUCAGCUAUUAUCUAAGCAGAUUUUCUGAUCUGUUUGGGAACCGCUUCCCUCUUUAGGAUUAUUUUACCUGUCCUAAAAAAUUCUGGGAAUUGCCGACUUCUGAGGGCAUAGAGUCCUCUUGAAUGUCCCUGAGAUCCUGCACAGUUGUACAGUUCCCAGCAAUUGGGAGCCAAAGUAGAUGUGCAGUUCCCAGGAUGCCCAGCAUUGGGACCCAUGGUAGAUGCACAGUUCCCAGUGUCCGCAGUACUGGGAGCUACAAUGGUUCAGAAACGGGUUUUAACGUUUGCAGUGGCAACGUUAAAAUGAUAGCUGAUUUCUCCCUGGGGUGGGUUGUUGUUUUUUUGCGGCAGGGGCAGGGUGCCGGGCGUACCUUUGAAAAACAGCAUACCCUUGUUUUUAAAAGCAGAUCUUUUGAGCACAGGAACGCUACCUGUGACUUUUUUGGGGUUUUGUCUAAUCCCACUUAUUCAGUACUACACCAGUACUACGCAUGUAAUAUCUCAGAAACACAUAGUGGUUUCUGCAGUAGAAGUUGCAGAUAGGUAAGUUGGUCUGCAGCCGUGUCGGUUCCUCCAGGAACAGCGUGGUCCUCGUAUUCCACUGACCCUGUUCAGGCGGCGGCGGCCGUAAGGUCCGCGAGUGAUCCUCGUUGCCUCUGCGAGGGCCAGAUAAUUUGUAUGGGAUCAUGUUCUUCUUCUGCGUUAGUGAUCCUGUUUUGGGGAAGGUGGGUGGACGAGCGCAACCACCCACCCCACCCGGUUCAUUACUGAAGGGCCAAAAUUCAGGAGUGCUGGAAACUCCCUCAACAACAAGCCCAUGUUGAGUUGUCGACUCGCAGGGUUGUGGUUAAGCUUGUGUGGUUUGGCUUUCGAACCAAAGUUCUUUGGCGAGAACCACUCCCGUCUCUUUCUCUCUUCCUCUCUUCAAAUAAAGGGGACUUCUCAGGAUAAUUUCAGCGUGUGAAGGACUGCUCAAAGGUUUCCUUUCCCAACUUCAGUCUUUUUGACUUUUGCCCGACGUUUAAUGAAAACAAAACGCCAGAGCGUGUGCUUCAUUGCGCACUGUUGCAGAAUAAAAUGAUUUGGAGCGCUUUAGCGUGGCUGUUGCGGUUCUUCGCUCCCCCUUUGUGCUUAGAUACCUUCAUAUGCAUACCCUCUCUGGGCAAAGCUGUGCAUUAUUUUGUGUGGGCAAGCGGGCAAUGUGCUAGGAUCGCGCCACCACAAAGUACCUGGAUUUGGUAGCAUUAGAAAUCAUUCAGCGUAAUGGAAUCAAAUCCCAUAAUGGAAGUUUAAUCAAGUCCACCUCUUCUCUUCUGAGUGGUGACUGACUUGAAUCUUUGUGUUUGGGUUUGAGCGUCGCUGAAAGUCGACUCUUCCCGCUCCCCCAAUUUCUGAUCGGAUGAUUGUUUUGUGGCUUGAAAACGCCAGGCGAUUGUGAUGGUUUGGCACGUGGUCAUUUUCGUUUCUUUAAAGAACGGCUGUUGUGAAGACACAGUCUUGCCUUCCCUUUCUUGCAUUGCCAAGUCAGACCAGGAACCCAGCCUUGCUGGGUUGGGGUUGGCUUUUGCCAACAUAGUGAUGAGCUCCCCCCCCCACUCCCCAGCUUGCUUAAAUUGGGGAGGUAAGAAGUCCGCUUGAGUCCUAGCGGGGGCACACAAUAAAUUGCAUUGAAAACAAGAGUUACGGCUAACUUGUCUAGUUCCCAUUUCAAUGGGGCGAGUCACGAUUAGCAAGUGAGCUGGAUUUUCUCCCCAUGCCCCCCCCUUAAAUAUAUUUAGGCUUUUCAUAUGUGUGUGUUGAAAUUUUGUUUGUUUAAUGGUUAUUCUCAGGACGUGAGCAAAAUCCUGAUCCUUCUUCCUUACUCCCGCGAUCGUGCACCUUUUCGUUUGUGUGACCAAAACUGGUGGUGCUUUGAUUUCUUUUUUUCCACCGCUCAAUUCAGAGAUAAAACGUGUGUUUUCUUCCUCUUCUUUUUAAGGCUCCCUCCCUUACUUCAAUAAGUCUUCCUACCACGUCUCACACACUACAAUACACACCAAAGCUCAGAUCUUUUAACGUGCAAGGAAUUCUGGACUUUGGAAACGGGGUCAGGCGAACCUGUGUCCUUCCACAGCCACAGGUUCCCCUCACCCUUGGCUUUAAGAAUACCCUUUAUUGGAUCGCCUUGAAGUAGUCGCCCACAACCCCCCCUGGUUUGGAAGCCGGAAGAGUUUAAACUGAGUUCAAAGUUACUUGCCCCCCCAUAGAGAUAUGAGGGACCUCUUGUCUCUAUGAUGGGGACUUAAUCCAGUGUACCCUUUUGACAUCCUCUUAACCAACCUUCUCAAGGUUGCUUUCCAGGUAUAUUAUCUUUGGUUUGUGUUAUCCCCCCAAUCCCCCAGGUCUUUAAACUGUGCGUGGAUUUUUAACCCUUAUCUUGCCAAAGUUCUGAGUUUAAACUUCUCUUUCUUCCACCAGUCCUCCCCACCAAAAUGUUUUUCUUUGUGAAAUUCUUCUAUUGGAAAGCAUAUUUUUUUUCUGUACCUCCUUAUUAUGAGUUGUAUUAACUGCAAAUUUGAGGUGGUGGUGGGAAUGUCAUCGCUUUAAACGACGUCUCCUUCCUCUAGAUUUUAUGUUUCCUUAGAUGUUGGGUAGCAACAUUUUACUGUGAAAAUCUGUUUCUUUUCACGUCCCUUUUUUUUUUUGCGGGGGUGGCAUUCAGUCCAGGAGAAAUGUUUUCCUCUGGCUAUCAGAAAGACUGCCAAAGGUUUUGUGGAGCUUUUAAAUUUAAGUUUAUUUUUAUUUUUUUUAUUUUUUGGACAUGCAGUCACCUUAACGUACCGUUGGGGACUCUUAUGAGCAGCAAGUCCUUCAGAAAGGGACUGGUUUAAAAAAAAAAAAGGAGAAAUUUAAAAAAAGAAUAAAAAAAGAGAAAAAAACCAUAAAAAUAUAUAUAUAAAAAAUAAAAACUUAUAAGACAACAGCAACCAAGCACUUUAUUAACUGAUACAGCUUGAUGGAAUUUUUUCCUUCGUAACACCUUGUUGAUGCCAGAAUUUUUUGUAUUCUGUUUUGUAAGAAUUUAAUAAAUGCAUUGAAACACAUAAACGAAUUGAAUGUU